ACAUUUUUUAUUAGCUUUUUCCUUAUUUUUCCGCAGUAUAUGAUAUCUCUAAUAUAGAACAGUACAGUGAGAGUAUUUUGCCAAUGCAAUAAACGUCACAGUGAGUGAUUGAGUACUAGUUUAUUAUAGCCUACGAAUUAUAAACUUCGUCAGUCUGUGAUAGUGGUCCGAGCACGACCGUCGCGUUGCUCGCUCCUCGGACGUUGACCUCUCGAUACCCGCGAUGACUCGUCUCCACUCAUUAGUGUUCGCAACAAUAAUAUUUGCACAAAAUGCCAUCGCCUAUAACAUCCUUGCCAUUGUUUCUAUGCCAUUAAAAAGUCAUUACAUGGCCUUUCAAACGCUUUUCCGCGAAUUAGCAGUAAGAGGACAUUCGGUCACGGUCAUGAACAACUACCCUGACCUACAUCCGGUGCAAAAUCUUCAAUUUAUUGACCUUCAAGUGCAAAAUGCGUUCAGGAACCGGACCCCGUCGUUGUCCUGGUACGAAACCGAGGAUUCGAGAUUCAUGCAUUUGGUUAAUCUGCAUCGGCACGUGUAUUUCGGACCUCAGAGUACAAAAUUUGAUUGUGAAAAUUUAUUAAACAACGAAAACGCAAAAGGGCACUUAGCCCAAGGGAAAAAGUACGAUGUGAUAUUUGUGGAGCAAUUUUUUAGUGAUUGUGGUUUAGCUUACGCGGGUGUUAUGUACGACGCACCGAUUAUUGGAAUAACUUCACACGUUCUGCUACCUUGGGCUUAUCCCAGAUUGGGAAUACCGUUUGAUUUUUCCUCUGAUGCUUAUUAUUUUGCAAACGCCGGCACCAACCCUGGACUAUAUCGUAGAAUCGAAACUAUGCUGAUGCAUUUAUACCUAACGUAUGGUAAGUGGUUGAUAGAUAGAAGUACUUAUGAUGUUUUUUACCACCACAUGCCUAACGUUAGUCUGGACAUCGAGGAGUUGGCGUCUGAGAGGAUGAAGAUGAUGUUCUCUAACCAGCAUUACUCAAUAACCGGCGCACGACUCACCGGACCACAAGUAUUGGAAAUUGGAGGCAUUCAUAUCGACAAACCAAAGCCUGUUCCAAAGGAUAUAGAAAAAUUCUUAGCAAAUGCAACAAAUGGCGCAAUCUACGUUAGUUUCGGUUCGAAUCUUAUCGCUAGCACGAUGUCAACGAAUAAAAUGCAACAAUUUUUGGACGCUUUUAAAAAGAUACCGCAAAAGGUGUUGUGGAAAUUAGAGAACGCAAGUCUUCCGAUUGGGAACGAUAAUGUUUAUACAAGCAACUGGAUGCCUCAGUUAGAUCUUUUGUGUCAUCCCAAAGUGGUCGCCUUCGUGUCCCAUGGCGGCAUGCUGAGUAUAUCAGAAGCCGCGCAUUGUGGGAAGCCUUUACUUGCAAUGCCGUUCUUUGGUGACCAAUUCUCAAACGCAGCUGCUGUCCGAUCUUCGGGAAUUGGAACUACCAUGUUCUUUGAAUAUCUCAAUGCUGAAAACUUGGCCGAGGAAAUCAAGAAGCUGACGUCGUUAAACAUGCAGAAAAGUGCACAAAGAGUUUCCAAGCUGUGGCACGACAGACCGCAAUCAGUUAUGGACAGCGCCAUCUAUUGGACAGAGUACGUAGCGAGGCACGGUUCGGCGCCACCAUCUUUGCCUUCCAAAGGAAAGACGUUGUUAGAGCAGUUUCAACUAGAUGUCGCUGUAACACUAAUGGCUAUUUUAAUAAUCAUUUUGUUGUUAUUUUACUUUGUUUACAAAUGUUUAGGGUUAAUACUAAAAAUAGCAAAUUAUUUAAUAAGUAAUAAAAAAAUUAAAAAGGAAUAAUUAGUUACAUUUAUGUCCAAGAUCUGUAUCUAAUUUAGGUUAGGUUAAAUUAUUUAC